UUUGGUGAAGAUGGUGUAUGCAUUUGCUGCCAAACAACAUCGCCCCCUCUGUUGGCACCAGCUGGAACACUCAGUACUUAGAAACUUUGGAGGACUGGAUACUGUGGAUCCUGUUAAAGUCUUUCAGGAAAAAAUCACAGUGAUUGUUGAACGAGAAGAUCGACAUAAAGGUGACCCCAUAAACACAACAGCUGGAUUGAUACAGGCAGCACUAUUUGGAGAUGGUACUGGCAGUGAAAGUCGUUAUCUUCUGCUUUUGACUGAGAACUAUGGUGCUCUUGGAAUACUACAACAGCUUCUUGGACAGCGCCGAGUGAUCACCAUAUUUGGAAGCAGUUUUCCUAAAGAUCAGGAAUACACACAGGUUUGCCGAAACAUUAACCGUAUCAAAGUGUGUAUGGAAACUGGAAACACAGUGAUUUUGCUCAACCUUGAAAACCUGUACGAGAGUCUGUAUGAUGCCUUAAAUCAGUACUAUGCUCGACUUGGUGGAGAACGAUUUGUUGAUCUUGGCCUUGGAACACACCGUGUGAAGUGCCGAGUUCACCAGGAAUUCCGACUGAUUGUUGUGGCAGAGAAGCAGAUUGUGUAUGAAAAGUUCCCAAUUCCACUGAUAAAUCGGCUGGAGAAACAUUUCCUGAGAUUGAACAACAUAAUGAAUGAAAACCAGUCCGAGUUUGCAGCUGAACUUGACCGCUGGGCAAAUCAGUUUGUUUCACCAUACAGAACAGGAUACAACAAAGAACCAUAUAUGAACAUUGCUGAUGCUUUCAUGGGCUUCCACCCAGACACCACUGCAGCCAUUGUUUUACAGGUUUGGAAACAGAAAGGAGGCCAUGCUGAUGAUCAGUUCUUGGAAGAUUGCCAGAAGAUGCUACUGUGGUGUGCUACACCAGAUUCUGUUUUGCGUCUCAAAGAUACACAACUGUACACUGAGGAACACAGAGUUUUCAACAUAUAUUUUAGAGAACAACCUCAUGAUGACAUCUUCAAGUACAUGGUCUAUAGACAUCAAAUGACAAGGAACACUGGUUUAUUUGCUCAGGUGACAACCCAUUCAAAGCUUUUGACUGACCAGGAGAAAGAAAAGAUCAUGACUUGCUUUGACUUGACAGCAAACAACAUAAUUCUUCUCACUCUCCAGUCUUUUGACACAGAACAGCAAUUCUGUCAACAAAUCAGAAAUUUUGUUGAGAAGUCUGGCAGUGGAUUGAAAGUCAUGUUGAUACAGUGUGGUUCUGGAGACAAGAACAUGAGUUUGAUAAAGAGUGCACAGUACUGUGUUGUGGAUGAACUGCCUGAUGAUGACCGGGAGUUUGCUGUGUUUUUCAUUGUCCAACUGCCCAGAGUGGCUGGUGGAUGUUUUACAGGAUUUAUGGCUGGAAAAUGGCAUUCUCUGCACAUUGAUGAGUUACGACCUGAAGGAAACCUUCCGUCAGUCCAUCAGCUCCACAACAACUCUCCUGCCAAUGUGCUGCAAGGUCGAGCUCCCCAUGAAGAACCCAGCAGAGUUACUCCUAAUGAUACACAAAUAGGACCCUUAAACAUGGACUCCCAUCUUGCCAGAGAAGUCCAGCAGCAUGAGGAAAUGGAAGUGACAGAAAAUACUGUUGAUCAAGAAAAUGAGGACCUUGCUACAGUUGAUUUGGACAAUAUUGUUCUUGAGAG